UUUUUUUUGGGCAAUAUAGUUAACUUCUUUAUGAGCACUGAGUAAUUACGAAUUUCUGCGGAAUGAAGUGUUGGGUGGUUUUAUCUUUUGCUAAUGACCAAACGUUCUUGCUCUAUUUUAUACUGGUCGUUUGUUGCUCCUUUUGGUUGAAUGCUAUUCUUUAUAUGGAUCAUACAUUUUUGUACAUGAGGUGGCAUUAUGAUUUGCUUAUAACAGGUACCUUAGGAGUGUUAGGGACAGUUAUGUUAUAAAUUUUAAUACCCAUUACUUAAAUAAGUCUCGAAAAGUAAAAGAGAAUUGUAAAUCAAGUUGUAAAAACUAAUGCAUUGCGACGAUUAAGAUAUGGAAGAAAAAUUAGUGAUUAGGAUUUGUGUGCGGUUAUUGUUAAAAUGAACUGUUAUGGUCUUUUUGCAGUUGCUGGAAAUGUCCAACGGUGUCAUAUGUAAAACUGCAUAGCUGUUGAUUACCUUUCUUUCAAUUGUGCAUCUCAUACACUCUUGUUGUGCGGUCGAAGUUCUAUAGUUUUGUGGCUCUCGAACAUUUCGUUGUUUGAUAUGGUAGCUGAAAAAUCAUUUUUAUGGGUAUGACUUGGUUUGUUCAUUUCCUCUAAGAAUACAUUUUUUUCCUGUUGUAAUUAAAGUUCUUAUUUGUCUUUUGAAUGAUGUAUAUACCUGUUCUUCAGUUAGGAUUUCUGUCAGAUUUCCACGUGUCCUAGAUAAUUGAAACAGUAGUAGGCUCUCGGAAACUUUCUGUUUGUUAUUGUCUAUUCCAUCUAUUAUUUUGUUGGUGCUAUUGACUAAGUGUGGAGGAUGACUUUGAGAGACCUACCUUUGUGAACCUUGUGAUAUUAGGGUCUGCCCUUUGAGCUAACAGCCAAGAAGAGUCAUAUCCAACUUCAAACCAUGAGUGCUGCCGAGAGGAAUCGGAUUUUCUUAUUCUUUAAUCAUUCAAUUACUAAUUAGGAAUUUCAAAGAGAAUUUUGGGAUCAACCCUGAACCUUUAUGUACCUUGUGAAGAUACAAACAUGGAGUUUGCCUCCAUGCCUUUCGUCGAACCAUAUAAAAGUGGGUUAUCCUGAUGGCCUUCAACUUGUUGGCCAGGAUUCCAAUUCCAGGGUCAAAUCACAAUGGAGAUAUUUUCAUUCCUUGUGAAUCUCUUGUCCUGAAUGGAUGGUAUUCUUUUGACUGAAUCGAAGUUGUGGAGUUAGUAAGCUGUCCAAAUUCUAACAGAUGGUUCCAUCUAACCAUGACGAUAAAAAAAAAAAGGCUAAGCCAUGACUAUUACAUGAUAUGUUUUAGUUGAUGCCCACCAAUUAAUGGCUGUAUAUUAGAUUUGAUUUGUCUUCCAUUCAUACUUUUUUACUGAUUUGGCACAUCUAAGCAUCAAAUUGCGUGUAUUGUUAUGACACGUAAAGCAAAUGAUGGUGCUCAUUUUGACUACAAAGUACAAUAUACUGGGGCCUGUAGCACCAGGCCUCAGAGCUGUAUCAAUCUGCUGCUGAAGACAGCGUCGAGUCAUCAUCCACAACUAUGUUUUUGAUGUUUCUGAGGUUUUUCUCUUUGGCGAUCUUAACUGUGGUAAUCAAGUUUUCACACUGAUGAUUUGUUGAUUUCUUGAUCGAUGGGAAUUCAAAAGAUUGGACAUCGGAGUUUGAGAUAUGGUAAAACAUUUUCCUUAUCCACUGGUGGGGACAAGGAAAUGAAAGAUGACCCUGUCUUAGGGGAAGAUUCUGGUGAUGAUUCUGAUGAUUGUGAGCUCACUGAGUUGCACUGUGAACUUGGCAUGUUGGAAGGUCAGCUGUGCGGCAUACCAUAUGAGCUUUAUGAUCUGCCAGAUUUAAGGGAAAUAUUAUCUUUAGAAACUUGGAAUUCUUGUCUAACUGAGGAAGAAAGGUUCUAUCUGUCUGCUUACCUUCCAGAUAUGGACCAGCAAACUUUUUGUUUGACUAUGAAGGAGCUUUUUAAUGGUAGUGAUUUAUAUUUUGGAAGUCCCUUGGAUGAGUUCUUCAAAAGAUUGAAAGGUGGAUUCUAUCCUCCCAAAGUGACUCAUCUGAGGGAAGGUUUGCAAUUUAUAAAGAGAAAAAAGUAUUAUCAUGCAUUGAGAUCCUUCCAUGACAGGAUGACACAAAUGUUUGUAGACAUGAGAAGGAUGUGGAAUCAAUGUGAACUGAGCUCCAGUGUCGAGGAAAGGAUGUCCAUGUGGAAAAUAAAGAGAAAACAGAGAGUUAUCAAUUUGCUUGAUCUUAACAAAUUUCCCAAGGACGAUCACUUGUUAAGUGAGGAGGCUAGCUUGGGCAUAAAGGGAAUGAAAUCAGCAGAAAGUGAGACAAGGGAUGUUUUGCCCUCUCUAUCUGUCAACCCAAUGAAAGUUAUUGCUCCAAACAGUAGAGCAAAGGGUGUUUUAAAGAUGAAGCCAUCUGGAAAUGGCUUAUUACCAAAUCACAGUUUAAAAGUAAGUGGCAGUGACAUUUUGGAGCAGUGUCGUACUGUACCCAAGGGAGUGUUGAAAAUAGUACCUAAAAUCCCUUCUUUUCGGCUAGAACAACCAGAAGUGGUGCCAGGGGCAGCACAAACAACAUUUCUGGUCAGGACCCAAGGUUUACAAGAUUUUAAGUUUUCUUCUUUGCCAGAAUAUAUGCGCUUUCCUGAUGCUACUGCCCUUUAUGAAUCAUCAUUUCGAAGGCAGAAAGCUGAUGGUAGCAGAGUUCAUUCAACUCCAAGCCAAUCUCAUUGUCUAUCAAGUCAGCAGGAAAGUACUAUAAGAACCAGUCAUCAAUCAGAAACCUUUACCAGGACAACAGAGAGGCAAGUAAUUCCUUCUAUAGAAGACAAAUCUAUUUUAGGAAAACGCAAGUUGUUUGGAAAUGAUGUGGGAAGGGAUUGUAAUGAAGAGUACAGUGCUCGAAUGAAUCCAAUGGAUGCAAGGAGGUAUAGAUUUGGUAGUGAAAGUAUGUGGCCAGAUUUGCAAAAAGGAAAUGAAGACUUUUCCCUCAGAUCCUUGGAACCAUACCCGUUUGGUAUAUAUCAUGGCAGAGAACAGCAUAUGGCGCUCGUGAAAGAUAAGCAUAUCACAGUGUAUCCAAGAAUUCCAGAAGCAGUUCCCAGAACCUCAGCCAUUGUUAAUGGUUCGCAACAAAUAUUCAUGGCAUUGCCUUCAGAUUCAAUGAGAGGUGAGGUUGACGUCAGUGUGAAAAAAUCAGAGAAGCUAUUAAGUGAAACCAGUUUUUCUGAGAGAAUUAAAGAUGAACAUGUGCUGCCUUUGACAUACAAGCGAAGAAAGGCUCUAGCUAAGUUUAACACAUUUGACACUGGCAAGACUAUUAAAACAGGAGCAGACUUGAGCUCUAGCCAUCAUUUGGGGCAGGGUGAAAAAGAACUGAAGAUAAAAUUCACAGGGUGGAAAGACAUGCCCUUUAACAAGGAAUCUUGAGUAAUUGCAUCUUGGACCCAACAUAUCUUGGACUAAAGUAGGUAUUCUUACUAAUAUCAAAUUUCUUUGGUUUUCAUGAAAUCAAUCUGUAAUAUAAGUUUAUCAAAUGUGUAAAAAGAAGUAUAGUGAUACAAGAAUGCUUCUGUCUCCGGGAUAAUCCCAUUGACUAAUAUAUUCAUGUCAGUAUGCACAUAAUUAUUUUCUAUUGUCACAAAGCUUGCUGUCUUGUAAUGGCAAUCUUAUUAAAUGGAUUGACAUGGUUUAGAAGGUAA